CUCUUCACUCAGUUGAAGUCUGACUCUGCCACGUUGCUGUAAACACCGGUUCACACCGCUAGGGAUUGAACCAGUGAAAGCCUCAAAAGCCCGGCUCACCGGCGUCUAUCCAUCGGACAAAGGGCGCUGAUGCCUUAAAAUAACCAGGAUAAGAAAGUAACCGUGCGCUUCCAGUCGGCGAAGCUGUGUUUGCAGUCGAGAUGCUGACGGACGUGAUAGUAGAGGAGGACUUUGAACGCAAUGAGGAUGAUAUGUGGUACAGCAGGAAGGAUCUGGAGCACGAUCUCCAUUUGGCGGCUGAGCUGGGCAAGACUUUGCUGGACAGGAACCAUGAGCUGGAGCAGGGCCUACAGCAGAUGUACUCCACCAAUCACGAGCAGCUGCAGGAGAUCGAGUACCUGACCAAGCAGGUGGAUCUCCUGAGGCAGAUGAACGACCAGCACGCCAAAGUUUAUGAGCAGCUGGACUUAGCGGCGCGAGACCUGGAGAAAAGCAACCAGAGGCUGGUGCUGGAGAACCGGACUUCCCAACACCGGAUCGAGAGUCUGACUGAGACCAUAGAUGGGUUGCAGACUCACAUGGAGGGCCUUCAGAAGCAGGUGGACGAACUGAAGAUGUCCCAGUCCAAGCGAGAUCUCGCAGGGGUGCGCCGCAGCCUUGGUGCCCAAAGCAUUUCUUGUCUGAAAGAAAUCUAUGAUCUGCAGCAAGACAAGUGCUUGAGCUCCGAGAGCCUGCUUGAGGAGAAGUCCUGGCCUGCGCUGGACGACAGACGCGUGGAGGUAGAGGUGGAGGAGACCUCCACCCUUCAGCACACCCUCCACAACCUCAAGCUGCAGCUAGCGGCGGAGCGAGCCCGACGGGUGGAGGCGGAGCGUGAGGCGGAGCUGACGGUGCAGGAGAACAGCGCGCUGGAGGAGCGCCUGAGUGCGCUGGAGGGAGCGCGCCGCCGGCAGGCCGAGCUGGAGGCCGAGGUGGAGGAGCUGCGGCAGCUCUGGCGCUCGGAGUCGACAGGUGCCAGGCUGACGGACGCGCUGCUCCCUGAUAACGUGUUCUUCGGUGGGGAUGAGAGGACGAGGGUGGAGCCAGAGGAGGAGGAAGGCCUGGAGCUUCCUCAGGGGAGGCGUCGCUGCAGCAGCGAGAGCUUCAUCCGAGGCGCUCGAGCCGAGGACAUCCGGCGCGGACACGAGCGCACGUGCAUCCGCCGGGCCCAGGCGGUGAAGCAGCGCGGGAUCUCCCUGCUCAACGAGGUGGACGCGCAGUACAGCGCGCUCCAGGUGAAGUACGAGGAGCUGCUCCGCCGCUGCCAGCAGGGGGCCGACAGCCUGAGCCACAAGGCCGUGCAGACGCCCACCGCCAACACACUACAGCGCCGCAAGAGUCAAGCUAGCACCGCGACCGAGACCAGGGACGAGCUCCAUCAGCCAGAAUACAAGGCCCUCUUUAAAGAGAUCUUCACCUGCAUUCAGAAAACCAAAGAGGACCUGAGUGAGAACAGGCCCGGGCAGAUUUAUACAUCUUAGUGUAAUGAUCUGGGCCUUUGCACUUCCAGACAGUCUUUGUGUGUAUGUGUGUGAAGAUUGCACUAUAACACCAGUGCCUAAAUACACAAUAUACUACACCAAACCGUCCACAACCUGCAAUGGCAGAACGCAGGCUUUUUGUACGUUCAUCUCGUAAGUCUUAUUCCCGUAAAUUUGAGACUCGUGGACCUCUGCGAUUACAGCCAUACCGAGCGAAUCUGUGCUUUGGGUUUGCCAGCACCUCUUGAAUUCGUAGAACCACGUCUGUGUAAGACUUUAAGACUUAAACGUCCGAUGUUCAGAGACUAAAUUAUUAUGACUAACCCACUAACACAGAUAAUGAACUAACGUAAUGCAAAUGAAAUGCAUGUUGGGGUCAACCUCCCAAAACGAGAAUGAGAAGUUUCACUCCAGACUCUAAAUGAAUACAUUUUAUUGAAAAUUGAAAUAUCCCAGAUAGCACAAGUCUAUUUGAUGUGAUGUUUACGUCUGG